UCUCCGCGAAGGUUUUGGAGCCGGUUCCGGGGGCUGUUUGCUUCCAAGAUGGCAGCAGCGGUGCGGUCUUCGGGUUUGCUGCGGCUCUUUACGAGGAAGCUCUGCCCGCUCAGGCAUCCCGGUACUGGGCCAUGGGGACGGACCGCAGCUUUGGUUUGGCAUACUAAAUGGGACUGUGGUCGGACUGGAGCAAUGCACCGGUUUAAGUACUCUGCGAGCCUGCGGACGCAGCAGCAGCAGCGUGACACCGAGCGAGAGGAGCAAGAGCUGGAGCGGCCAUCAGGAGUAGGGCCGGAUUUGCAGGUUCUACUACAAGAGUUUCCACAGCCAAAAGGCCUUCUGGCUCAGGUUAUGCAGCGAGCUCUAAAAGUUUCUGAUGUGAAGGAUCACAUUGUCUACAAAUCAUCCAAAGGACCUAUUAAAAAAACUCUCCUAUAUAUAUAUUGGCCAAGAAAACUGGUGGUAGAGGGUUUCGGUACUAAGAAGAUCGAUGCAGAGAAACAUGCUGCAGCAGUGGCUUGUGGAAUAUUCAAGCAAUGGGGUCUUCUUGGGCCGAAAAACCAGCUCUUUCAAGCUCAGGAGUACCAGCAAUUGGCUGCAAAGUUUGCUGAUGGGCAACCACAGAUGCAUCUGGUGGAGAAAAAUGAAGAGAUGGAUGAGUUGGUGGAAGAAGAGAUAAUGGACUGCACAGAUUUCCUUUCUAUCAUGGAUAAAGCAUCUUUGGACAAGCCUUUUCCAAGAGCAGUACAGGGUACCGUGACUGAUCACUCCAGUGCAACGAGAGCUCUCACCCAGUUCCCUGAGCCAAAGAACCUCUUGUCCAAGGUUAUACAGAUAGCAACUACGUCCUCGUCUGUCACGGAUUAUCUGAAAUAUUCCACAGAGGGUAGUUCACCGAAGGUCUGUCGACUUGAGGUGCAGUGGCCAAGCCCAAUGACUUUCGUCGCAAGUGGUCGGCGGAAAGCUGAGGCGGAAAGAAGAGCAGCAGCUGUAGCCUGUAAGAAGCUGAAGGAUUUGGGCUUGCUUAACCAAAAAAACCAACCACUCACCCAUGCCAUGUACAAUCUGGCGGCAGUAAAAGAACUGAGUGAAAAGGAACGGAGACCAACCAGGCUAGAAAUCCCCAAGGAUCUUCAGCAGCGAAUCCAACAAUAUCUGAACCAAUACACGGUGGAGGCACCACCUGAACUCAGUGAGCCCAAACUUAUCAACCCUGACCCAGAAACUGUGGAUCCAACUUCAAAGUUUGGUUUGAUUAGUGAUGCCAUCACAGGAAAUGCCUACGUUCCAAUGCUACCUGGAGAGAUGGAACACAUCAAUCAGAGAUUGCUCAGGCUGUGGCAGAGAUCCCAGCCAGGGAAAAUUAAGCCACUUCCUGUUGACUCUCACAAGGAAGCAAUCAUCUCUGCCAUUGAGGAAAAUCGCAUUGUGGUCAUAGCUGGAGCAACCGGAUGUGGAAAGACCACCAGGAUCCCACAGUUCAUAUUGGAGAAAUUCAUAACUGAUAACCGAGGAGCCUACUGUAACAUUCUGAUAACCCAGCCCCGGAGGAUCAGUGCUGUGUCAGUGAGGCAAAGGGUAGCCUAUGAAAUGGGACCAACCCUCAAGAAAAACGUGGGCUACCAGGUACGGUUAGAGAGCAUGUUGCCUCCACGAGGAGGAGCAUUGCUAUUCUGUACUGUUGGCAUUCUCUUGAAGAAGCUGCAAGGGAAUCCCUCACUAAAAGGUAUUAGUCACGUCAUUGUGGAUGAAGUCCAUGAGCGUGAUGUCAAUACCGACUUCCUGCUCAUCUUGCUGAAGAAUGUGAUGGAUGCUAACCCCAAGCUGAAGAUCAUCCUGAUGAGCGCCACCAGUGACACUAAGCGGAUAUCAGAUUACUAUGGGAACUGCCCUGUAGUGACUGUGCCAGGUUUCAUGUACCCUGUGAAGGAUUAUUAUCUAGAGGAUAUCCUACCAAUGCUUGGACAAAAGGAAACAAUUCAGCUCAGUCAAGAUGAGGAAGAUCCUGUUCCUGAUCUUGACUUGGUCACUGACACAAUUCUGCAUAUUGACAAGCACGGUGAACCUGGGGGAAUUUUGUGUUUCUUGCCAGGCUGGCAGGAGAUCAGAGGGGUCCAACAGCGACUUGAAGAACAUCUUUCCACCAGAAAAGAAAACUGCAUCAUUUUACCUGUUCAUUCCAACAUUCCUGUAAUGGAUCAGCAAGAGAUUUUCCAGCAACCACUGCCAAUGAUGAGGAAAAUAGUGUUGGCAACAAACAUUGCAGAAACCUCAAUAACUAUUGAUGAUAUUGUACAUGUCAUUGACACAGGGUGUCACAAAGAGCAACGCUAUGAUUUGAGGACAAAGGUUUCAUGUCUGAACACUGUUUGGAUUUCCAAGUCGAAUGUGAAGCAGCGACGUGGUCGGGCAGGCCGCUGUCAGCCGGGUAACUCCUACCAUUUGUUCAGCAGGGAGAGGUUGGAGAAAAUGGAUGACUUCCAGAUCCCAGAAAUCCUGCGCACACCUCUGGAGAACAUUGUGGUCCAAUCCAAGAUCCAUAUUCCUGACAUUACAGCUUCAGAUUUUCUUUCAAAAGCAAUGGAUAGUCCAAACCCUAAGGCAGUGAAUGAGGCUGUGCAAAUAUUACAGGAGAUAGGGGUGCUUGAUGAAAAUGAAUCUCUUACCUUACUUGGUCAGCGUCUGGCCCACAUCUCUACUGACCCACGCUUGGCAAAAGCCAUCAUCAUGGCCUGCAUAUUCCGUUGUCUGUCCCCUGUUCUGAUGGUUGUUGCUUGUCUGACUCGAGAUCCCUUUGUGAACAGCUUGCUGAACAGGGCUGAGGUUAUGAAGGCUAAAGCAUGUCUAAGUGGGGAGAGCCAAAGUGAUCACAUGGUGUUUAUUAAAGCCAUUGAAGGCUGGAAGAAAGUAUUGCAAGAACGGGAUGCAGAUUCCAGAAAAGAAUAUCUGGAAGAGAAUAUGCUGUAUGCUCCCAGUCUCCGGUUCAUUCACGGAUUGAUUCUACAAUUCUCUGAAAACGUUUACAAUGCUUUCCUAGUGUCUGAUCCAUCGGUCUGCACGCGUUCCUCCUCCUUGUGUAACCAGUACAGUAGGGAGGAAGAGCUAAUUAAGGGGGUGCUGUUGGCUGGUCUGUACCCAAACGUCAUACAGCUGAGGUAUGGGAAGGUCACCAAAGAGGGGAAAUUCAAACCCAACAGCGUGGUCUGCCUUGCUAAGACUGGCCCAGUGUUACUGCACAGAUCCACUGUCAACAGGAACGAGGAAUCAUUUAAGAGCCGCUGGAUGACCUACUUCACAGCUGUGAAAUCCAAUGGGAAUGUCUUUGUUCGUGACUCCUCCGUGAUCCAUCCACUCGCUUUGCUCUUGCUCCCAGAUUGUGAUAUCCAUGUCAAGGAGGAUGGUAACUCCGUGCUGCUCACCUUGGCUGACUCCCCAAGUCUCCUCCGGCUCGAGCUGGACUCUGAUGCUGCACAGCUGCUAUACAGAUUCCGCACAGCAGUACACAACAUGAUAGAAACCUGCUUGCGCCACGAACUGCCAGAACUUCCUUCCAACUUGCAUAUAGAGCAUGAUGUGGUGUUGUCAUUACUCGUGGAACUCUUGAACUGCUGGCCAUCAGAGUGAAUGGUUCACUUGGAAAAUGGGAGGUUGACAGGCAUCUGAGCAUAUAUGAUUCUGUAUCAGAAUUGCUCUGUGCAUUGUACAAAAAAUAGCUGCUGUGUUUAAUUUUGUGGGAGCUCAAAAAUGCACUCACGUCUUCAACAUUUUGAAGUAAUGAACUGAACAGUCUGAUUUCAUAAUUUAUAACUGUUGUACAGAAUAAAUUAUACAUAAAACUAAUCAGAAAAUUUUCUGAAGGAUCAUGAAAAUUUGGAGAAUGCUUUUGUACAGUCAGUAGUAGUGCCUGAUUGCCAUGAUUUACAUUUAUUUAAAUAUUCUGUAGUCAA